UAUGGUAUAUGACUGCAUUUAGUUGCCAUAUUUUCAUAAUAACUACUACAACAGGUAUGAGAAAAUGGAAGCAAGUCUGAGCCAAAAAGAUAAAAUAGCAGCUGCUAAGAAAAAACUGAAGCGGUUUCAGCAGAAAAGUGCGCGAUUAGAAAAGAACUCAAAUGGGUCACACGAAGUGGACAAUGAGUCCCAGGUAUCCCAGCUGUCUGACACAGCACUUCACCAGCAAACAAUCGAUAUACUUGUUGAGGAGAAGGCUGAACUGUUGAGGACACGGGACAAGCAGAAUUCUAACAUCCAACAACUCAAAGAUGAGUUGUCGGUUUUGAGAUCUCAGCUUCACUCCUCGAAUUCUGAUUUGUCUUCAAGUGAGAAGAAGAAAUCAACUUUGCAGUCUCAGUACAACAACGCUCUGGCCGAGUCGCAAGAAAAGCAGAAGGAGAACAGUAAACUACAGAGUCAGGUCUCCAGUCUGAACGAUCAGUUAAACGUGUUACAGACAGAGUUCUCCUCUCUUUCUCUGGAGAGGGAGGAGCUGAACGAGCGACUGUCUAACUCUGCUCCCCCUCAGCCGAAAAUUCAAAACACCAUGUCGUCAGUGCCCAAUCCUUUUAAGAGAAAUGACGACGUGAUAAGACUAGAAGAAGAAGUGAAGAAGCUGACAGGAGAGUUGGAGGGGUUAAGGAGCGGGCUCCUUAACAAGGAGAUGCAAUGUGAUGUCCUGGCUGGUAAACUGAGUCAUCAGGAGACAGUCUUCAAGGAGCAGAUACAAGGCCUAGAAGUUGAGUUACAGGAGCGGGACGCUAACAUGUCAACGUUACAAGAGGAGAUAACAGCUCUGAGUGUUACACCUGAACCUGUCCUUCAACCCUCCCCUUCUGCUCCUGAAACUGAGAUUACCCCUGAAUCUGACUCGGAACAAGUCACAGCAGUUGCACAAGCACCAUCCACAAACAUUCCAGUUACUGACCAGUCAGAGAAAUUGCUUGCGGAGGUGACAGUUGAGAAACAAAAGUUAGAAAUGGCACUUGAAGAGCAGAUCUUACAAACUCUCUCCCUUCAAAAGGAGCUUGAUAAAUUCAAGGAAACCCACGUUGACCAGAACUCACUACUCACCCAAAUAAAUAAUGACAAAGCCACGAUAAGUCGAGCUAUGGGACAAAACAGGCAACUAAAGGACCACAUGUUGGAACUCCAAGAUAAGCUCAUGAGAACUAGCGAAACUAACGCUUCACUUGCUAACGAGGUUCAGGAGCUCUCAUCACGUGUGAGUUGCCUAAUGUCAGAGUUAGCAGACAGCGAGGAGCGAGUAGAGCAGCUGGGGGAACAGGGUGAAACACUACAACGGCCACUCAGUGAAGAUAGCUUGCUAGAUGGAGCGAGCAGUCGUGCACAAGUAGUAGAGUUACGAGAACAAUUAAAGGAGUUCAAGAAGACAAUAUCCUCCUUACAGCAGGAGAAGGCUAUCCUGGGGCUGUCUGCUGCUCAGGUGGACAGUGUUAAAGCGAUGAACGUGGCGUUACAAGAGAAGGUAGCCUCACUCUCAAAGCAACUGGAUACAGGUAAGUCACCAAACGAAGAAGCGUUGGAAGAGAAGAUAGAGAGAUUGGAGAAACAGUAUAAUUCAGAAGCUGUUGAUAAGAAGAUCCAGGAUAUGCUCACCAAUGAAAGGUUAGAACGUGAGAAGCAGCGCGAGUUUCUAGAUAAGUACUACGAGGAGCAGUUGCGUGAUCAGAUAGGCACUCUAGAGGAGCGGAUCACCGCACAGACUCGCCAGUUUAAGCAUUAUAUAACAGAGAUACAGACCAGCCAUGAUGACGAGGUGGAGGCGCUCAGAGGUCAACUUAGUGAGCUCCAACAAAACUUCAGGUCGAGUCUCAAAACACAGUACACGCAAUUAGUACAUUACUUUACAAACAAAGGAGCAUCUGAUUUAAAGGCACGGGAAGAGGAAUUACACACUCAUUACAUGGACGAGCUCAGCAGGCUGUAUAACGAGAUGAACAAACAAAUACAGCAAGAAACACAGGAGAUACGGGAAAGAAAACGAACCCAAUCUGAUGAACUGUCGGUGUACACAGUGGACGACAGGGAAGAAGUGAAGGAUUUGGAACAAGAGAAACAGACCCUCCAGUCCACAUUGGACCAACUGGAGGAGGAGUUGGUGAAGAUAGAGACAGGGUUGGGGGAGGAUACUGAUGAGGAGGAAGAAGAAGAAGAAGAAGGAGCGGAUGUUAUGACACAAGAAACAAGCCGCUCAAAAGAGGAACGAAAACUUCAAGCUCAUGUUCGUGUUUUAGAAAUGCAGCUAUCCCGCGCUAAAAUGCAACAAGAGCGCAGUGUGCAACACUACAAACAGGAGAUACAGCGCCAAUCCCAGGUUAUCCAGAAACUCCACAUGUACCUAGCGACACAGCACUACGACAACUCCCACCAGGACGCAGCCCUGGAUAACCGACGCUCCAGUGUCACACGAUAUGAUAGUGAGGGCGUGGUGGAAAACGGAGGUGAUGACAGCAUCUCAAUUACAUCUGCAGGCCAGUUUGAGAGGGGGGAUUUAUCAGCAACUAAAGAUAUGCCGACUGAGAAUAAAACUAAAGAUACACCUGGUAAUCAGGAUGUUGUACCUCAAAAUCUUAAUCACCAGGAGGUUCCUCUUGAUGUUAUGAAAGCUCAUAUGCAAUCCACUGAGACAGAGUUUGAGAACAAACUUAAGUAUUUAGCUUCUAAGGGUCCACAUGGGGACGAGUAUAUGCAGCAUAUGCAAAAAUUACAGGAGAAAUUCGCGGUAGUAAUGAAAGAAAACGCGAACCUUGUCGAGAAGGUGAAAGAUAUCGAGCACCAGAAUAUCAUAUUAGAAGGCGAAACUGAUACGAUCGGGGAGUACAUUUCCUUGUACCAGUCUCAAAGACAAGCCUUGCGAUUACAGUUCCAACAAAAAGACAAUCUUAUCAAUAAACUGCUAAAUGAACGAUCUGAUAUGCAGGCCCAUAUCAGCCGACUUCAGCAGCUCAUUACAGAACUACCCUGCGUUGACGAAGCAGAGGACACCCUCAAAACAGCUCCUUUCGGCCGUAGUCGCUCCAACUCCAUCUCUUCAAACGUCAGCACUCUUAGCAUUAUGAGUACGACCAGGGACGAAAUGUUGGAGAUUAUCGGAAGGCUCAGGCUCAAGACUGACAUAGGCAAGAAACCUGUGACCGGGCCCAUGUAUGGUGGUGGUGGUAGAGGACCCAUUAAAGAUUUCUGAAGAUCUUAAUCUAGGUUUAAUGAUUCAUAUUUUUAGUAAAGAUGAGCGAGAGUGUCGUUGCAGGAGGACUUGAGAAGUUUGAUUGAGCUGUGAUACAUUUUAUCUGAAUUGUAUCAAAACUGUAUAAAUAGACUCCAUUGAUAAUUUGGUUGAACAUUUUUGUACAGUGCAGGAUGGAUUUUGCAAUGUUGUUAGAAUUUUAAGUUCUGUGUUUAUUUCAUGUCAAAGUACCUUAUAAUUUUUAUUUCUUGCCAUUGUCAUGAUAGUUUUAAAAUUAAGAUAACUAGAUUAUAUAACUUCUCUUAGGUCUGGAUAAGUAACUUGGUUGUUUUUCAGCUUUUGUAUACAAUUAAUUUAAAAUGUUAUGUUUGUUCGGGAUUUAAAACAAUUGAUAAGUAAUGAUAACUGAUAAUUUCACGUUCCAUUAAA